UUGUUUUGGUUUUUUUUUAGGAGGAACAGAGGAAGGUCCGUGAACUAAUUAUUUUGAAUUUCAUUUUAUUGUGAAAUUUGAAAAAAUUCUCAGUCUUCUCAUCGAAUUAAGAGUACAGUUAACGAAAUUAUUAUUCAAAUAUUACCGAUACAAGGAUAACCGUGUAAUAUCUCGAUGUUCGUAGGAGUAUCGUUGCUUCGUAACGAGUGAUAAGAAAUUCCAAGUAAUUAUGGCAGAAGACGACAAAGAACGUCAAAUCGACGAAGUCGAAGUUUUGGAAUCGAUUUACCCCAAAGAACUCUACAUCAAUACGAAAUAUCCGUUCUCCGGCUGCUUGAAAAUUUCACCAUCGACCCCAGAAGAAGAAUUCCCCGUGAAAAUAAUCAGUAAAUUGGGCAACAAUACCGAAGAAAGGAUGCUAAAAAUACAACAUCUUCCUCCGAUCGAGCUGUACUUCCAAUGUCCUAGCGAUUAUCCUUCUAAAUCGCAACCUUACUUCAUGCUGAGUUGUCUUUGGUUACCCGAUAAUCAGUUAUCGGAGAUAUGUAGAAAAUUGGAUACUAUUUGGGAUGCUAACGAAAGCGAGAUUUUAUUCGCUUGGACGUCGUUUUUAAAAGAAGACUGUUGCAAAUUCUUACACAUCGAAGAGCUGCGAAUCGUCUUAGAUAUGGACGUAAUUAAUCACAAACUGCCCGAACAAGACGAAUCUACGUCUCGUAAUUUGAACUUGGGUCAGGGUUCGGUAUCGUCUAUUCUGCGCGAAGAAUACGCCAACAAGACUUUAAACGUGAAACCUCUCAAUGUCAGAUCUAACGAUCAAGUUGCACGAAGCAAGCAUAUGAACUCCAAGUUCAAAUACAUGAAGAAUAAUAAGCUAAGGAGGAAAGCGGACGACGAAAAUUACAAAUACGAAACUCCCAAAGAUCUUAUCAAUAAGGCAAAAAGUGCUUCCAAAGAAAACAAUGUCGUCUGUGAUAAACCAAUCGCGUCUAAAUCCAGAGAAGAUAACAAUUCAUCCAAAUGUAACCACGUUUUUAAACUUAUGAACAUGUAUGGGAAACGAAGAAAAAUAUCACGUGACAACGAAGACACAAGAAUCAUUCCGAAACCUAGCGAAGAAAUCGGUCGUAUCGCUAAAUUAAUCGAAGAAUUCAACGAUCGCGUUCUCGAGACUGAAUUCCGUACCGAAAAUCACUCCUGCGAAGUAUGUUUCGACGUUAAACUCGGUACCGACUGUAUUCGAGUGAAACCCUGCAAGCACGUGUUCUGCAAAUGCUGCUUGAAAGAUUAUCUAACUUUGAAUAUCGUCAACGGUAACGUAGGCUCGAUUAGAUGUUUACAAUUCGAAUGCGACUCUUCGCUAACCGAUUUACAAAUACGUCAAAACAUCGACGAAGAAACCUAUCUAAAGUAUCGUAAAUUCUCCGUCAAACUGGCCAUCGAAAACGAUCCCAAUCUGUUAUAUUGUCCGAGAGAAAUCUGCCAAAGCGUCGCACGUAUUUCUACCCUAAGUCCGGAGAUGUGCCACUGCGGCACUUGUCAAUUUUAUUUCUGUAUUUAUUGCAAAAAAGCCUACCACGGGGUACAAAUGUGCAACCUCAAGAGCGAAGAACGACUCAAGGUUAUACGCGAAUAUCAAGAAUGCAGUCUGGAAAGAAAACUCGAACUGGAGAAACGCUUCUCUAAACAACAGCUCCAGAAAUGGGUCCAAGAUGACUUGAGCGAGAAAUGGCUGGAAGCCUGCAGUAAACCGUGUCCUAAUUGUAAAGCAGUAAUACAGAAAAUCGACGGAUGCAAUAAAAUGAUGUGUUUGAACUGCAACACUCCAUUCUGCUGGCUCUGUAAUUUAACGCUGAAUCGCAGUCAACCUUAUAAACAUUUCAUCGAUCCGGAAUCGCCUUGUUAUCAGAAACUAUUCCCACCGGAGGAGAUGGAAGAAGAACACGAGUUUAUAGAUGAAGACGAAGAAGACGACGAAGAAUUCAUUAAUCUGAUCGAUGAAAUGUUGAACGCUAACGAUGGCGAUCUAGAAGAAUUGUGGCCUUAUUAUUACGUAGAGUGAUGAAGUAGUCUGCAAUUGCCCUCGUUUACCUGAUGAGCUUUCAUUUAUCAGUGAACCGAUUGCUGAUUAGCUUAGUUUCGUUAUUCUUUCCUUCGUCGUGUAUUUUUUUACACGUACUUCGUACAUUCAACUCGCGGCUCCGUUCAUUUUAUCCACUUUAAUAUCUUACCUAUAUCUACGUUUUAUUCGAUGUUUCCCGAACUUCGUUCUUGAUUAUUUAUUUUGUGUUCGUCGGAAUUUUGAAUAAUAAUUCGUAUUUUUAUUUAGCUACCUACAACGUUUCAUUUUUGGGGUAAAAUAAACGAUUUUAGUCUUGGAUUAUUUAA